AUGGAUUCUCUUCCAGAACUUCAAACGGCCAUAGUUGGCACUCAAAAUGGCAAUCUCGUAAUCGCACACAACGUGCCCGUUCCGAAAUUGGAGGACGACAUGAUCCUCGUUCGCAAUUCAGUCAUGGGCCUCAACCCCGUGGAUACAAAGAUGACUGGCCAUCUUUGUACCGCGGGAGCCGUCGCCGGCAUGGACUUUGCUGGCAUCGUCUUGGCUGUUGGCUCCAAUGUCAAAGCCGCACGAGAUAUUACUGUUGGCGAUCGGGUUUGCGGCGCUGUCCAAGGAAUGCACGCCUUGACACCAACGGUAGGCGCCUUUGCACAGAUUGUCGGAGCCAGCGACGUAGUAACGCUGAAGGUUCCACCUAGCAUGACUCUAGAAGAGGCUGCUUCGUUGGGGAGCGGAAUCUGGUAUGAGGCCCAUCGCCACAUGUUCGCCAAAGAACUUUGA